AUGAAUGACCUGGAUACAAAUGAAACAUCUUUGUUAAUUCCUAGAUCCGGUGUUCCUUAUGAUGAGCCUGAUACUCGACUAUUACAUCAACGACUAUUAGCAAUAUAUUCUAUUCUUGCCAGCACUGCUUUGGAACGUCUUGCAUUCUAUUCAUUAGUGAUUAAUCUUAUCUUUACUUUACAAUUGAGUGAACUUGAUUGGAAUUCUGCAAAUAGUGUAACUGCUUCAUUCAUUUUUUUUGGUACAAGCUAUAUAUCAACACUUGUAUUUGCUGUUUUAAGUGAUGCUAAAUUAGGUAGAGCUAGAACAAUAAUUAUUGGAUUCUUUGUAUAUAUAAUUGGUUAUACAAUCGUUUCCUUAAUUUCAAAUACAACGACACAUGCAUUUUUCUGUCGUAGUUCAUCUAAGAAUAAUGAAACAAAUAUAGAUUCAAUAAUAGACGAACAUUGUGCUGGUCCAGUUAUAGGUACACUCAUUUUUACUGCUAUUGGUGUUGGUGCUACACAAGCUAAUAUGGCUGUAUUUGGAGCCGAACAAGUUCAAGAAUCAAAUAAACCAUCACGAUAUUUUGAUAAAUAUAUUAUAGCAAUAAAUAUAGGUGGUAUCUUUGCAACUUUACUCGUUCCAUACAUUCAAGUUACUCAAAGUGAUCCAAAUCGAUUUUUUCAUGGAUAUCUUGUUUCAGGUUCAUUACUUGUUGGUGCUUUUUUAUUAUUUAUUUUGGGUUAUCGAUUUUAUAUUCAUAUUGAACCACACGAUACAAUAAUUACAAAAUGUAUUCCUGUUAUCAUAAAUGCAUUUCAAACAUGGCGAAAAUAUAAAGUUGCUCAAAGUGAAACAACUAAUAUUCUCAAAAAAUCUUCUUCAACGAAUCUCUUAGAAGAGUCUAUUACUAAUCAUGAAGAUCAAUUGAUAACAGUCAAAGAAUAUUCAUAUUCAUUUCUUGACUUUGCUAGAGCCUCUAACAAUGGUAAAUUCAUUGAUCGAGUUGUUGAUGAUGUCAGAUCACUUCGACGUGUUAUCGUUGUAUUUCUUCUACUAAUGCCAUAUUGGCUUGUUUACUAUCAAAUUCAAACAACAUUUUUUCUACAAGGUGAACAUAUGUAUAUACCAUAUAUUUCAAAUGUAACACAAACAAAGAUGCCAGUUAUAUGGAUGUCAGUUGGUGAUCAAGUGUCGAUCAUUAUUGGUAUUUUAAUUCUCAAUCUAUUUGUCUAUAAACAUUUGGUAAAUUACAAUCAAUCAAGUUUGAUACAAAUAAAAUUUGUCAUCGGUAUGAUUUUAGCAUCGAUAACUAUGUUUAUUGCUGGUACAAUUGAAAAAUUUCGACAGCAUGAAUGUCAUCCUGGCAAGAAUAAUUCUGAUUUAUCUAUAUUUACACAAUUACCACAAUAUAUAUGCAUGGGUGUAUCUGAAGUGUUUGGUAUGGUAGCUAGUUUUGAAUUUGCCUAUAUGGCUGCUCCACGUUCAGCUCAAUCACUUAUCAUGAGUUUACGGUUUUGUUCAUUAGGAUUAUCUUCAUUUAUUGGUGAUGCAUAUGUUAAAGUAAUGACAAUAACUAUUAAAAACUUAGACUUUGAUUGUCAAAAUAGUAAAGAAAUUUUGUAUAUUUAUUUCUAUGUUCUUGGUGGUAUUCAAUUAUUGACUAUCUUUGUUUUUGUUUUAUGUCAUCGAAAAUUUGGCAUACUUCAGUUAAAUCCAUAUCAAAUUAAUAAAAAACAAUUCAUAUGA